GUUGAAUAAACGUCAGUAGAAUAUAAUAACCAUGUCAAACAUGACCACCUGUGUCAUGGAUAGCGACUGUAUGAUUAAAACAUGUAAUUUCGAAAAAUAGUAUUGCAUGUUUUUGUCACUUUAUGCUAGUUAAGCUAGCUAAGUCGGCGGGCGUGAUUGACUGCAACCAUGAGCCUCGUAAACAGAAAAAGCAGCGCAAGCUGCCAAAAUGAAACAUUUAGAAUAAUUUAACUGCUCGCACCCACAGGAGGCUCCCGGCAGUUAUCACGUCCGUGUUCCUGCGAAGAAAUGUCGCAAAGGACCUACAACGAGCUGUGGGGAGAGGCCCAGGUGGAGCUGAGUCGUCUGCUCGUUGAGGAGAUUCCCGCCGUGCCUCCUAAGCCAGAAAAGGACAGAGUGGUGUUCUUCCAGCGUCUGGCCACGCUCUACGUGCGCUACCUGCAGGUCUUCCGCCAACUGGAGAACGUGUACGACCAGGUGGUGCACCCGCAGAAGAGACGGCUUCUCCUAAACGUCCUCGAGGGAGUCAUGGGUCGAGUCUUAGAGCUGAAGAAUGAAAUGGUGGAGAAGGAGUUCUGCGAGUACCACUACAUGGAUGAUGUCCUUCACGACUUGAAGCUCACACCUGCCGAACUUGAGAUCCCAAUCCCUAACUACUUCUUGCGAGAACGCAACGGUGGAAGCCUCCAGCGGACGGAGAUGCUCACAGACAUCCUCCAGACGAUGGAGACCACUGUCACCAAAAAACGUGUGACCAAGACCAUGACUCAAGAGGAGGCCAUCAGAGUCAUUCAAGUGGCAGAGAGGGCACGCCAAGGACGCCUCAGGGCAGCUUUGAACGAGGCGAGCAAAAGACUGAGCAAGAUACCCAGAACGGAAGACCCGACGCCCGCUGAAAUGGCCAAAGCUGCAGUCCGCAUCCAGAAGGUAUGGCGGGGCUACCUAGACAGGAAGAGGACUGCGGCUAUUCGCAAUGAAGAUAUGAUUUUUCUGGGAAUGGCUGUGCAUCCCAAAUACCAGCAGCCAUGCAAGGCCAUAAUCACUGCUCAGGCCAAUGAAGAUGCCACUCGAAAGAAGCAGAAGGAGCAUGAGGAUGACUACCAAAAGUCUGUGGUGGCAAUCACAAACCACCUGCGAGAGCUGGAGGGUCAGGACAUUGCCGAAAACAUGAAAGAACAGAUCCGACAGUGGUUUCUCGAAUGCCGUAACCUAACGGGGAACUUCCCAGACUUUCCAGAUGAAGACGAGGGAGGCUCGGCCCUCCUGUUUGCCGAAAAGGAUUAUCAGCAGUUAAUAGAAGAAUUGGCUGAAUUGGAAGAGGAAGCUUCAGGCAAGAAAAAGGACGACAAAAAAAAGGAAGAGACAAAGAAGACCAAGGGCAAGGAUGCAGAAGAAGAUGAAGGCUUGAUGAUGCUCCCUUCAGCUUUUUUGGCAGAGUUGGAAAUGGGCAACAAAGCCUUUGCUGAUUUUUGGGAAACCCGUAGCGAGUAUAAAAAUUUCAACCAGCGGCACGAGGUGGAGCUGAUCAAGGAGGAGAAAAGGGUGGACAUCCAGGAAGAGAUUCGAACCAAGGUGGAUGUGGAGAUGAGAGUGGAACUGGCAGACUGGAGGCUUGCCGUGGAAAAAGUUCCAGCCAAAGUUUAUGCGAAGAAGAAAGGCAAGGGUAAGAAGGAUAAGAAGAAGAAAAAGGGGGAGAAGGAUCUGACAGCUGAUAGGACUCUUGAGUCUCUGUGUCAGGAGAUGGUGGAACAGGGUUUGCUGAAGCAGGCAAAUGACGUUCGGAUGCGGGACUACAUGGGUGACUUCAAUUAUCUUGGAACCACGCUGAGGCAGAAUGACAUUGAACCCAUGCCCUCAAUGUCUGACGUGCGGCAAAUCGUUUCUCUCUAUGCCAUUUUACCUUUAGGCUCUCACGUGGUCCAUCAGAAGGCCCCCCUGACAAAAGCCAUCCUGCUGGCAGGACCAUCAGGCGUGGGAAAGAAGAUGUUAGUGCAUGCGGUUUGCAAGGAGACCGGGGCCACCCUCUUUGACCUGUCCCCUCUCAACAUUGCUGGAAAGUAUCCAGGCAAGAGUGGCCUCACCAUGAUGCUCCACUUGGUCUUCAAGGUUGCAAGACUGAUGCAGCCUUCGGUGAUAUGGAUUGAUGGCGCAGAAAAAAUGUUCUACAAGAAAGUUCCCAAGGAAGAAAGAGCGCUGGAACCCAAACGCUUGAAGAAAGAUUUGGCCAAAUCGCUCAAGCUGAUUAAAGAGGAGGACCGCGUUCUCAUUAUGGGGACAGCUAAAGAUCCCAUCAGUGCCGACAUCAAGUCCCUGUGUAAGCUGUACAGCAAAAUCAUCCUCAUCCCGAGGCCUGACUACGGAUCCAGAUAUGUAUUGUGGAAGCAACUGAUCCAAAAACACGGAGGCAAGAUAACCACCGCCUUGGACCUCAGCUCCCUGGCAAAAAUUUCCGAUGGCUACACCCCAGGUCACAUGAUCCAGGCCAUCCAGACAGUGAUUACGAAGCGACGGCUCCUGCUGCAGGAAAAAAGGCCUUUGAGUGCCAUUGAGUUCGUGGCCCCGUUAGCCAGGUUUGCCCCUGUGUUUCAAGCUGAGGAAGAAGCCUUAAAAAAAUGGUAUGCAAAGACUCCCUUGGGAAAGAAGCGGAGCAAAGCUGCUGCAGAGAGGGAGGAGGCGCUGCAGGCACAGGCUAAAGGCAAAGGUGCCCCCAAAAAGGGGAAGAAAUAAUCCCAACCGAUAGUCUGUGGAAGCUAGAAUUUAAAAUAAACUUAUAAUAAGCAAAAUAGAUCAUUACAGUGUUGUUUGUGGCGAGUAAAAAAAGUUUAGAGACAACUCCCCGUUCAAAAUUACGGCAAAGUGUCUCCAAACUUUUGACCGUUAGGUGUUUCUUUUGUAAUCAAAACUUUUUGCCACAAGAGGGCAGCAAAACGCUUUUAUUUUCAUGCCUGAUUCCCAGAAGCGGUUGGACGUCUUCUAUCACUAAUAACGACAGGCUAACCAGUGGUGGGCAAACUACGGCCCGGGGGCCACAUCCGGCCCGCCAAGUGUUUGAAUAUGGCCCGCCCAAUCUUUCAAAAGUAUUUAAUUUAAACUCAACAUACAACCUGGCAUCAUGGCCUGAGCCAACCUUUUGAUGGUUGUAUCAAUUUUGUUGUUUGACAUGGUCUG